AUGCUUUUUUUUAUCGAUGUUGCUUAUCAAGCACCAGAAAGGCCAAUAGACAUGUAUUUAGAUCAUAUUGGUGAAGGAUUUGAGGACUGGUUGGAUGAAGAAAGUGAUAAAAGUAGUUCAGUGAUCCAGGGGGAUGACAAAGAACCUUCACAAGGAACUCCUGAUCCUGAACCAACCUAUAUGUUUUAUGCUGGUUUGGAAGAUGAAAUCAAUUGGGAGGAGUAUACCCCUCUUAACAAGACCAAUGAUGAUGAGUGUCUUAACAAGUUAUGCCUAGAAGGUGGAAAACAGAAAAAGGUUGAAGAAAUGAAUAAUAGUGAGAAAUUGGAUAAUGAUGUUCUUGAGGAACAUCCUAUCUUCAAUCCUCAGGUACACUAG